AUGACGGCCAAGGACACCAGCGUUAGCGCCGCGUCCCAGCCAGGCCAGCGGCGACGCGCCCACACCCGCCGUCAGGAUGGCCGAGCGCAGCCACGCCACCCGGGCCUGGACCACACCCUCUCGCGGCCGCGGCCCGCCUCGCACCCGAGCACACGCUGCCCGGGACCGAGCUCCAGCCCCUCCACCCUCGCCGCCUCCGGCUACCGCCCGCCGCCUGCUCCCACGGAGCAGACGCUCACGCUCACGCUCACGCUCACUACUGGCGGGGACCGGCAACGGAGGCGGCCGGCGCCGCUGGGGAAGCCCUCUGUGGACCACGUCCGUGGACCACCAGGGAGCGACAGGCUGCGCGCCUGGCCUGCACCCCCUGGACCCAGCGCCUCCAUUCCACCCACGCGGCUCCGCUUGGGCCCCGAGGCCCCUGCCUCUGCACGUCCAGCCGCCCGCAGGCCCCACGCAGUCCACCCGGCCCGCCGGCAGCACCCACAAAACGCUGGGCGCCGGCCGCCCUCGCACCCGCACGCCGCCUCGGCCCACGUGCCCAGCGCCCAGCGGGCCGGCACGCCGUCCCCCACUGCCAGCGCCCGACGGGCCUGGCCAGGAGGGCCCCGGAGCGGCGCAAAAGGUCGGGCGGCUGCGUUGGCCGGGAAUCGAACCCGGGUCAACUGCUUGGAAGGCAGCUAUGCUCACCACUAUACCACCAACGCUGCACGGCCCGGGCCGGCCCGACGCGGCCGGCCCAGGGUGCGCUCCGGCGCCUUCUCGCCUUGGCGCUCUCUCGCCGCCGCUGCCGCCGCCGCCCGGCGCAGCCCUGCCCCGACGUCCCGCCCGGCCGCAGCUCUGCCCGGCCACCACGGGCUCCGGCCGCCCGGCGCCCCAGCCUCGCCCCUCCGACUCAGCUGCGCCGGCCGGUCGCCGGGCACGCCCGCCCGCCCACCUACCUGCCCGCCCUGCGCCCCGCGCCCGGCGCCCCGCGCCCGGCGCCCACCGCCGCCCGCCUCUGGAGGGCGCUCUGGCCGCCUGGCCGCUCUCGGGCGCUCGGAGGCCGGCUGGGGAGCCCCGCCACGUCCCCGGCCCGGCGUCUUCCGCGUCCUCCGCGGCCCGCAGCUAGCGGCCCGACCCGGCCCGGCCCGGCCCGGCGCGUCCCGGCCCGGCGCGGGAAGGAGCAGAGGGGGCGGGCGCCAGGCCACACCACCUCCCGCAUCCAGACGGGACCGGACCCAUCUGCCUCCCACCCGAGCGACACCCACGGCGGCUGCGCGGCUGGGCGGCACGUCGCCGAGGAGCUCGCCGUGGCUGCCGCGGGGACCACACGAGGCCCCGGCUGCGCGGUGGCCACCCAGCGUCCGGCCUCGAGCCACGCAAAGGGCUGGGGCCGGUGGACGGCGGGCAGGCCGGGCACGCGCCGCCGGCCGGACGACGGACGGCCGAGAAGCAGCGCCCCUGCCCCUCGGGAGCAAGAGGUGGGACCCAGAGGCGCCCGGCACGGGCCACGCCCCACCCGACCCCAGCCCCGCUUCGGCCCCCUCUCCCGCACGGCAGCCCCCGGCCCCGACUCGGAGUCCGCCCGGACCCGGGGCCCACACACGGACCCGGACGGCGCUCAGUACUCCCAACGAGCGCUGCCUCUCUCUCGUCUGCCAGGCGGGCAUCGCGCCGGGAGAAAAGGCCCCAGACGCGACGGGAGCCGCGCUGGCGGCGGCGGCGGCGGCGGCGGCGAGGCGGCUGGCCGUGCUCCUCCGGGCCGCCGCGCGUGUCUCGCCCCUUGCGCACCCACACAGCCGCCAGCCGGGCGCCAUGACGGCCAAGGACACCAGCGUUAGCGCCGCGUCCCAGCCAGGCCAGCGGCGACGCGCCCACACCCGCCCAGCCACGCCACCCGGGCCUGGACCACACCCUCUCGCGGCCGCGGCCCGCCUCGCACCCGAGCACACGCUGCCCGGGACCGAGCUCCAGCCCCUCCACCCUCGCCGCCUCCGGCUUCCAUUGUCUCGACACCCUCCCGAGGCGGCCCACACGAUUCUCCACCUAGGGGCCUUCCCCUGGCCACACCUACCUGCCUGCCUGUCUGCCUCCCGGGAGCCAUACAGCGCAGCCGUCUGCUGGCCAGCCGGCGGCGCGGACCCCUCCCUUCUGUGGGCCUGGCUCACGAGUCCAAGCCGGGAAGACCGCCCGCCGCCUGCUCCCACGGAGCAGACGCUCACGCUCACGCUCACGCUCACUACUGGCGGGGACCGGCAACGGAGGCGGCCGGCGCCGCUGGGGAAGCCCUCUGUGGACCACGUCCGUGGACCACCAGGGAGCGACAGGCUGCGCGCCUGGCCUGCACCCCCUGGACCCAGCGCCUCCAUUCCACCCACGCGGCUCCGCUUGGGCCCCGAGGCCCCUGCCUCUGCACGUCCAGCCGCCCGCAGGCCCCACGCAGUCCACCCGGCCCGCCGGCAGCACCCACAAAACGCUGGGCGCCGGCCGCCCUCGCACCCGCACGCCGCCUCGGCCCACGUGCCCAGCGCCCAGCGGGCCGGCACGCCGUCCCCCACUGCCAGCGCCCGACGGGCCUGGCCAGGAGGGCCCCGGAGCGGCGCAAAAGGUCGGGCGGCUGCGUUGGCCGGGAAUCGAACCCGGGUCAACUGCUUGGAAGGCAGCUAUGCUCACCACUAUACCACCAACGCUGCACGGCCCGGGCCGGCCCGACGCGGCCGGCCCAGGGUGCGCUCCGGCGCCUUCUCGCCUUGGCGCUCUCUCGCCGCCGCUGCCGCCGCCGCCCGGCGCAGCCCUGCCCCGACGUCCCGCCCGGCCGCAGCUCUGCCCGGCCACCACGGGCUCCGGCCGCCCGGCGCCCCAGCCUCGCCCCUCCGACUCAGCUGCGCCGGCCGGUCGCCGGGCACGCCCGCCCGCCCACCUACCUGCCCGCCCUGCGCCCCGCGCCCGGCGCCCCGCGCCCGGCGCCCACCGCCGCCCGCCUCUGGAGGGCGCUCUGGCCGCCUGGCCGCUCUCGGGCGCUCGGAGGCCGGCUGGGGAGCCCCGCCACGUCCCCGGCCCGGCGUCUUCCGCGUCCUCCGCGGCCCGCAGCUAGCGGCCCGACCCGGCCCGGCCCGGCCCGGCGCGUCCCGGCCCGGCGCGGGAAGGAGCAGAGGGGGCGGGCGCCAGGCCACACCACCUCCCGCAUCCAGACGGGACCGGACCCAUCUGCCUCCCACCCGAGCGACACCCACGGCGGCUGCGCGGCUGGGCGGCACGUCGCCGAGGAGCUCGCCGUGGCUGCCGCGGGGACCACACGAGGCCCCGGCUGCGCGGUGGCCACCCAGCGUCCGGCCUCGAGCCACGCAAAGGGCUGGGGCCGGUGGACGGCGGGCAGGCCGGGCACGCGCCGCCGGCCGGACGACGGACGGCCGAGAAGCAGCGCCCCUGCCCCUCGGGAGCAAGAGGUGGGACCCAGAGGCGCCCGGCACGGGCCACGCCCCACCCGACCCCAGCCCCGCUUCGGCCCCCUCUCCCGCACGGCAGCCCCCGGCCCCGACUCGGAGUCCGCCCGGACCCGGGGCCCACACACGGACCCGGACGGCGCUCAGUACUCCCAACGAGCGCUGCCUCUCUCUCGUCUGCCAGGCGGGCAUCGCGCCGGGAGAAAAGGCCCCAGACGGCAAGCGGGGCUGA